AGUCAUCUCCUCCGCCCCUUCCCGCCUCACUCCUCACCGACAUCCAUGGGUCGCGUUCGCACGAAGACGACGAAGCGCGCUGCUCGCGUGCUCAUUGAGCGCUACUACCCGCGCCUCAACCCCGUCGACUUCCACACCAACAAGAAGGUCAUCGACGAGGUCGCCAUUGUGCCGUCGAAGCGCCUGCGCAACAAGAUUGCCGGCUUCACCACCCACCUCAUGAAGCGCAUCCAGAAGGGCCCCGUCCGCGGCAUCUCCUUCAAGCUGCAGGAGGAGGAGCGCGAGCGCAAGGACCAGUACGUGCCGGAGGUCUCUGCCCUCGACACGACGGCGUCCGGCGGCCUCGAGGUCGACCCGGACACCAAGGAGAUGCUCAAGGCCCUCGGCCUCGACUCGCUGCCCGUGUCCGUGUCCGCCCCGAUCACGGCCUUCCAGGCCCCGGAGCGCCGCGGCCGCACCGUUGUGGGCGCUGGCCGUCGCUAAGCAGAAGCCAGCUAGAGCUUUGCGCGUGCCAUCCAUCGCGCAGCCCUCUUGCCGCAUUCUGUAUCUAGCUUCGUCCGCUUCUCGCAUUCCCAACGGUUCCUGUCCCAUGCACAUCCUCACACGCCGG